AAGAAGAAGCAUUUUUGAAACUAAAUGAUAAGCAAAAAAUAAAUGAAUUAGUAAAAGUAGCAAACACAUUUAAACAAAAAACAAUAGAAUUAGAACAAUGUGUUAAUGAAAAAAAAGAUAAAAAAUUUAAAAGUGAAAAUAUAGAAAAACAACUCGUGACAAUAAUUACAAAUAAUUAUAAAAGGAUUAAAGAUUUCUUUAGAGAAUCAAUUAGAGAAAAUAUAAAAAUAGGUGAUGAAUUACCAAAAGAAAUAGAAAGAUUAAUUACCAUAAUAGAAAAAAUAGAAAAAGAGAAAAUAGCAACAGAAAAUUUGUAUCAUAAACAAAGGAAUUUAUACAACGACUCAGAAAAAAGGAUUGAAAAAUUAGAAGAACAAAUAAAGGAAAUUGAAAAGAAGUAUAACGGAGCUAGGGAUUACAUAUAA